CAUAUGCAACUUUACUUUGCCGUUCGUUGACAGAGUCUAUCAAUGUUAGUGAGAAUUUGGGGAGCGAAGGUCCCAUUUUCAGGCCACUUAGAGCUAUUGUUUAAUUUGUGUUGGGGUCAGACAAUAUUGCACUAAUAAAUGAGCCAUUUGGGCUUAAAGCGUAUGCUUAAUUGACCCCGUGCUUUCCUAAGGCAACCUUUGGGGUGUCCCGCGGUGGGACAGAGGACAUGUUGCCCAUAAGGAGACCUGAAGGUCGCCUGAGGGAAAUAAUGAGCUUUAAAGCCCCGAGGACAUGAGGUGAACAACACAGGCAUCUCCCCACAUGUGUCCCUCUGGAGUCCCGGAGAAGGAAAUCAGCCCCGGAUGGAACCCAGAGGAGGGACGCCCCCACUGCCUCCUGGUACCCUGGCAUUUCUCUACCUAACGUUAGGAUUUUCGGUACUGCAGUGGAGGAGAAAUUCAGGGCAUAUGAGGAUUACUUACCCCCAGGCUGCAUACUUAGCCAAUGUUGAUGUUUAAAUGGCAAAGGAAAGGUGUGUUACUUCAUCUUCCCGGGUUUUUGGCACCAUAUGUAAGGUAGUUUAGUUCAAAAGAUGGGCAACAAAGCCAAAUGGGAAGAUGUCAAAGAAAAGUUUUAUUUGAGAGAAGCCUCAGGGGGGCCCCGGCCAGCAGAAAGGCUGCUCAGAGGGGAAAGUGUGCGGUCAGGUGGUGGGAUUCUCUUUCUAUGGCCUUUCGUCCACUAGAGUUUUAUAUGGUGUUUUGGACAUGUACGAUAUGUGACUUUUGGCCAAUGGGGAAUUACAAUAACUUGUCUUGUAACUUUUGGCAGUGUCUAGUUUGCAGAUUCCAACAGGGGAGGCGAGACGGGAAGGGAGCAACUGUGUGGCCGGAAGUGGGGCAACUGAAGGGGGUGGUAAGAAUUUCUAAUUUCAGUAAAUCAGUGGUGUGAAAUGGGAAAGGAAGUGGGGGGAGCAGUGAUAAGCUCUAGCAAAGACACCAAUGCUGUGAAGGGAAGGGAGGAGACAAGGAGAGGAGAGGUAGCAACAGGUGGUCUAGCUUUACAUUAAAAGAAAUGCAGGAAGGGCUCAGGACUCAGACCUUCAGUGAGGUCUGGAUCUGCCACCCUGGAAUUCACACAGCAACUGUCCACCUUGCACAGGGCAGAUGUGGACACCUCCCGGGGGAUCUCCAUGCCCCCUGGGCCACUGUUAUCCAGGGAACCUGCUGCUUGUUGUGAAUGGUCAAGAUAGGACACGAAAAGGCUGGGAGGUACCCAGAAACGGGAGGGUACUCUUCAGAAAUUAGAAAACAGUAAACAGAUUUCCAACCAUCCCCAUUUCCUUCUGCCUCCACUGAACACACCUGUGUCUCCCUCCAAGACAAGACUGGUGAACCAAACACACCUACUCACAAGUGCUGCAAACACAGUAUGUGAAGCUGACUGAUAAGAGGCAGAAACAAAGGUGGGGUUAAGGGCCAGAUGGUUACCCUGGCACCACAGAGCUCCCUUCCAGCUGGUCACUGCCCAUUCUAGAAAGUUCCCAGCCUGGGCCAAGCCCAGAGCUCAUUCUCCUCACCUCCAACCAACAUUGCUCCUUCAUGCAACCACCCCCCACCCCACCAUGCUAUCCCCUCACGUAGCUCAGGGCAGUGGGCACUUGCCUUCAGGUGGAGGCACUGUCCUUGCCAUCCUGUGGCACCAGCGUCCUUUCACAGGGACCCCAGGUGGAGGAGCUUGACAGGGUACUGUGGGCACAGGCCUCAGGGGCUGACGGUCUCAUGCAGACGGGAUCAUCAGUGAUGGUUGCAUUUCCAUGAUCUCUUACUUUGAAUUCUUGGCAUUUUUAUCUGAUAAUUUAUUAGGUAUUUCCAUCUGUUAAUGUGUGCAAAGUGCUUACCAAGGGUUUUGAAAAGUGAAGACGCUUUGUUCUGUUUCCUUUACAAUUGCAAAUCAGUGUUAUUGUUCUUGUUUUUAAUGUGGUGUGGAUUGGGAGAAUGAGAGAAAGAAGGCAGUGGUUUCUAUUCUUUCCAAAAAUUAAGAGAAGGGACUUUCAGGGAGAAGGUCUUGGCAAAUGGUGCCAAUAAAAGAACAGAGAUGAAACAAAAGGAAACACCUCAGUAUCCAGCAAAAACGAGGACACAGAGCAUAGUAAUCUGUAUUAAGCAAUCUUGUCUGCCUCUUCCACCAAGUCAGAAAUGCGGAACUACUCCAUGGGGUUCAAAUCGGAUCCCUUACUCAUUUGUUGUGUAAUUUGGGGAUAAAUUAUUACCUGUAAGACUCUUUCUUCAUCAUUAACCAGUAAUAAUAUUAUUACUUACCCAUUAGCGUUUAGGGCAGAUUAAAUGAGAUAAUGCGUGUUCAGGACACAGCACAGACAGACUCACAGACACAAGACCUUAAUAUCCCGUGGUAAGAGGUGAGAGGCCAGAGGGAGAAGAAGAGGAAAGCCUCCCUCAGAGGUCCUACUGAGAGAUUUCAGCCAGCCCUGCAGAGAGAUUUGAAUGGACUCUGUGAUGUGAUAGUAACACUCUCCCCUCUGCAAGGAGCACAAACGGUGUCCUCGGGAGCUUGUCCCUGGUGCACGCGGCCAAGCAGGUCCUCCGAUCCUGGGUGUUCUGAGGUCCUUUCCCUCCCAGGAGAAGCAGCAUCCUGAGGACUCUGGGAGGUGAAAGGGGGUGUGGGAUUUGUCCCAGAGGGGCUGGGGGACAAGGAGGUACUGAAUAAGACCUGUGGGUGGCUGUGAAACUUUAACCAUGGAUGGGACAUGGCGUCUUCUGAGGCAGUAACCUGGGCAGUUAGAUGUGGGGGUGGUGUCCCCAGAAACUUUAUAGGAAGAACCAGGUGGGUCUGGCCGUAGCCCCUCAGAGGACAGAGCGUGCUGUGGAGGAGCCACAAGGCAACUACUACUCAGCCAAGGAAGUGAUCCUGAACCUAAAGAUUUUAAAAAGUGUUGAUCACACAAGAGAAGACAGUAGUAGAUUCUUAAGAGAGAAUAUCAGCAGUCUCUCCCAGCUCGUGUGAUUAUGAAAGCCCAUCAGUCAGGCUGCAACCUGGAGUAGAAUCCACCAGGUAACCCAACCACUUCUCUCUUCUAAUCCUGCCCACACAGUGCUUCAAAUCACAUUACAGUGGUUCAGCCAACCAGGAAAUGUGACCUUUACAAAGAGCUUUAAUACUUACGUAAAUAAAUAGUAAUGUACAAAUGUAAGUGCUGACUUAAAAAUAAGUAGGAGAUUAUAUGAAAAGCUUGUUAAGCGGAAAUAGAAAGCCCUUCACGUGCUGAAGGAGAUGAGGGUCAGGCACGUACGAGGUAUGGCAAGCACUGGUGAAAGUUAUCUAAAAUUUUCAUGGAAAUAUAUUGAGAAAUGAGAGAAAACACUUUAGAGUGAUAAUAAAAAAAAAGUAAAUAAUUCAUGACUGAGAAAGUAAAAUGCAGUGAGAAAUUUUAGUGCUUAGAGAUGAAUCAUUCCAUAUGAAAAGCCCCCGUACACACCUGCUCCCUCUGCCCUUUGGGGCGUUUCAGAUGGGCAUCCCCUCACCCAGUGAGGUUAGACGGGGGACGGGUGCUCACCCACCGUGGAUGAGUGACAGACCCGAACUACUGCUCCAGUCCACUUGCACCCACUGUCCCACCUUGGGGCUGACUCUUGGCCCAGCAGCUGCAGAAUAUUCCUCAUGGGUCCUCCCCACAAGCCAGAGGGCUGUGCACAUCACCAAAUAGCACGUUUGCUUGCUUUGUUUGUAAUCUUUUCUGCCAGCUUGGUUAUGGAUCUAAAACCCUGGGCUUAAGCUGUCAGAUUUCCUUGCUUUCCUGUGUGCUUGGCCAUCUUUACCCUGCACUUCCUACUUCUGCAGAACACUCCACUGCUCACAGACAUGGAAGAGUCCCCAGUGCCCCCUCACACUCCGUUAUCUGCAUCCUUCCCCUCUGUUGUGAAACACCAUUUGGGCAGCUGCAUUCCAGCUGAGGCAGAGGCCUGGAGAAUUGAGAAAACCUGGACAGAUGGGAGUUGCCAGAGAUGGUUUCUCUGGUCAGAGAGACUGUGAGGACAGCAUCCUGCACACCUGUGGACAUCGCAGUGACGGGGGACUCUGGCAAUGGCAUGUCCUCCUUCAUCAACACACUGCGGGGCAUCGGGCACGAGGAGGAGGCCGCGGCUCCCACUGGGGUGGUGAGAACCACCCUCACUCGUGCCUCCUACUCAUCCUCCCAUUUCCCAAAUGUGCUGCUGUGGGACCUGCCCGGCACAGGGGCUACGACCCAAAGCUUGGAGAAUUAUCAGCAGGAAAUGCAGUUCAGCCUGUGUGAUCUCUUCAUCAUUAUCACAUCUGAAGAGUUCAGCAUGAAUCACGUGAGGCUUGCCAAGGCCGUCGAGCACAUGGGAAAGAAGUUCUAUGUGGUGUGGACCAAGCUGGACAGGGACCUCCACACGAGUGCCCUCAGGGAGGGAGAGCUCCAGCAGAAUAUACAAGGAAAUAUCCUGGAAAAUCUUCAGAAGGAGCGGGUGUGUGAACCCCGCAUAUUCCUGGUCUCCAGUCUUGACCCUUCUUUGUACGACUUCCCAAAGCUUCAGAACACAUUGCAAAAGGAUUUCACCAACCUCAGGUGCCAUGGUCCCUUACAGAACCUGUUCCACACCUGAGAGAAGAUCAUUAAUGACACCUGAGACUUAGAGCCAGCAUUUAGCAGCUAUAAAUGUCAGCAUUACCCCAUACAGCAAUUGUUAAAGAAGCUGUAAAAGACAUCAGACUUCAGUUAGUGACAUGAAUGAAAUGUAGUUGGUUAGGACUAAGGUAAAUCAGACUAAUGGGUAAAGGAUGAUGUUGAUUUUGUUUUAAAACUUCAGUUUCUGUGUGAGAGCAAAGGAAGAGAUGUUUCCUUGGUGUAGAAUCUCUAUUUUCUAUAGCAUACUAGACAAUUUAGCCUGUAUGGUCAGUUUAACCAACACCAUAAUUGCAUGGAAUCUUGAAUAGGGAAUGAGAACUGUUUGGUUUCCACAGCAUAGUGUGAAGUCCUGAUACAACCCAGAGUAAUCUGUCCAGAGAAUAAAAAAGUAUCUGCAAAGACUGCUUGAGGGACUGGGGGAAAUGUGGACGUAUUAAACUUACCCACCUGGGGAAUUCCUGAUAUUCUCACAAGCAUUGGGGACUACCAACUUAGAGGGAGGAAUGCUUGAUCUCGGGGCUGCCCUUAUGAACCGUGUUUCUGCAAAGGAGAGGGUUAGUCAACUUAUAAUUGUCCCUAAGUGUCUACCCCAUGCGAACCCCUUUCUGUUGCUCAUAUGUAGCCUCUCUCUCUAAGCCAACUCUGCAGGGGGACUUGCUGCCCUCCCGCUUAUGUGGGGCAUCACUCCCAGUCAUGUAAAUCUCCCUGGCAUUGUGGGACAUGACUCCCAGGGAUGAGCCUGGACAGAAGAUCAUGGAAUUGAGAAAGUCUUCUUGGACCAAAAGGGAUGUGACUCCCCCAACUGUGGGUGAUAACUCUGAAUUAUUUCAUGGAGGUUUGGACACUGCCCAUUCAGGGUGCAUCUUGAUUAGUUCCCUGGACUACUUAUGAUGGGUCAAGAGCAGAUAGAGACAGAAGGACAUUUGGAGAUGCUAAGCUAAGAGAUGAAGCCCAAAGUUUGCCCCUGAGAAACAAAGAGAGGACCCCCAGAUGCUUAGACAGAAAAGCCCUGGGAGAACAAGUAAGGAUGCACAGGAGCUGAGAGGAGCAACGACAGAAGCCCAGAGACAUUUUGUAGAAAGCCAGUUUGAAACAACCCAGGAGCAAAGGACCAGCAGACACCAGCCACGUGCUUCCUCAGCUGACAGAGUGUGCCGGACAUCAUCGGCCUUUCUUCUUGUUGAUGCCUUAGUUUGGACAUUUUUAUGGCCUUAGGACUGUAAAUAUGUAACCAAAUAAACUGCCUUUAUAAAAGCCAGUCCCUUUUUGGUAUUAUGCAUAAAGGCAGCGUUAGCAAACCAGAACAGUAUCCUCCUGUAAUCCUUUGUGUUCUCUUCUAUCAUUCCCCCUUUCAUUUCAGAUUUUAGUCCUCUAUUUUUCUUUCAAGGUCUACUGUUUGACUUUUUUACUGAUCUUUUCAAGGAACCAAAUUUUGGUUUCAAUGAUUACUUCUAUUUUUUUUUU